GAAUUAGCUGAUUAUUACAACGUGACAGGGAACCUGAUGCAAUCCUUACCACCAUCCUCCAAAACUCAAGGUUCAACUCAUGUUAGUGAUCAGUUGGUCUAAGAUGUUUAUUCUCCAUAGAGUCAGGACCAGAAAGCCAUUGAACAUCAGCAAACAUGGGAGACUGGGGUUUUCUUUCCACGUUACUGGACAAGGUGCAGUCCCACUCAACGGUCAUUGGAAAGAUAUGGAUGAGUGUCCUGUUCCUGUUCAGAAUCAUGGUUCUGGGUGCUGGAGCGGAGAGCGUGUGGGGCGAUGAACAAUCUGGUUUCAUAUGCAAUACGCAACAACCUGGUUGUGAAAAUGUCUGCUACGACUGGAUCUUCCCCAUAUCACACAUCCGUUUCUGGGUCAUGCAGAUCAUCUUCAUCUCCACUCCAACUCUUCUGUACCUGGGCCAUGCCAUGCAUGUCAUCAGCCAGGAGAACAAGCUGAGAGCCAUUCUGCACAGCCAAGAAGAUAAUGGCACGUUGAAGAAGCCCAAAUACACAGAUGAAGCAGGGAAGGUCAGAAUUAGGGGAGAUUUGUUGGGCAGUUACAUGACCCAGCUAUUCUUUAAGAUCAUUCUAGAGAUCGCUUUUAUUGUUGGCCAGUACUACCUGUAUGGGUUUGUCAUGGUUCCCAUGUUCCCUUGCUCCAAAUCUCCCUGUCCCUAUACUGUAGAAUGCUACAUGUCUCGUCCCACAGAGAAGACCAUCUUCAUCAUCUUCAUGCUGGUGGUGGCCUGUGUGUCUCUGGCUCUGAAUGUGAUUGAGGUGUUCUAUCUGCUUUACACAAGAGUGAGAUGUGGCGGCUCCAAGGGACGCACUCAUCACACUACGUCAGCAGCGAACCCCGCCACCCUCCACUCCUCUGGGUGGUCUGGUCGCGUGGAUACUGAGAUGGACCCACUGAAACAGAACGAGAUGAACCUGGGGUUUGAGAGUGGGCAGAGUUUAGGGGGUAGUCUGGAUGGAGCCACACAAGAGAAAAGGUUGCUAGGUGACCACUAAGACACUUGAAAGUUAAUUAGCCAUGAUUGUAUCUUGAUCUUUUGUAUUGUUGAAAAUCUGAAUGAAUACACUACCUGUUUUGCUUUCUUAUGUUUAUUGAUUUAAACGCAGUGCACUAGUAGUUAGUGUAUUUUAUCUAUUGAUGUUGAAUGUUUACAUUUACAUUUACAUUUAAGUUAUUUAGCAGACGCUCUUAUCCAGAGUUUACUGUUCAAUUGUGAAUGUUUACUGUUCAAUGCCAAUACACCUUGAAUAGAAAUGCAAUUCAGUUAUUAUAUCCCAAUGGUAUGUUCUAUGUAACAUUUUCUGUUAUAGGAAGCUUUGGGAUUUUGUAAAUCUAUUUCCCCAGUCAGAUGAAUUCGUGGAUACUAUUUCUAUGUCUCCAUGUCCAGUAUGAAGGAAGUUAGAGGUUUCGUGAGCCCAUGCUAACUAGCGUUAGCACAAUGACUGGAAGUCUAUGGGUAUCUGCUAGCAUGGAGAAGUUGAUAAAGGGCCUCAUUGCCAAAAUCCCUACCACCUGGGGUCUUGAAAUUAUUUGUAUAUUGCCUGAUGAAUGUUAACAACUGAGAUAUUGUCUAUCCUACAAUACAAUCUAGAUAUGCAGUGUUUAUUGUUUUGAAGGAAUAAAUAAAAUAUAUUGUAAAAAAAUUAUGUUUUAAAUGUUUGUAUUAAUGGUGGUUGCAUGAACCUUAGAGACUGAAAACUCAUCAAACAAUCACUGAAACAUGUUACAAUAAUACACAUGAAUAGUAGAGUCUCUUAGGACAGCAUUUAUGGAAAUAUUGCUUUUAAAUGAACAUCACUGAAGAAUAAGAUCUUAAUUUGAUCACUAUUUUCUUGCUGUAGUCUAUUUAAGGUUUAUCAACCCCUACAAAAAAUCCAUGAAUUAUAAUCCACCUAAUAAUUCACAUUUCCUGUUGCUGCAGGAUUAUUUUCCUGCUGUAGUAAACUGGCUCAAAUUAAGAUCCUACAUCUGUAUGUCUCCCAACCCU